AUGCGGUCGCGCGUGGAGUCAUCACCCCAAUCGCCUGCUCGUACCGAAGGUUUGAAACAGCUUUCCUCUGAUGAAAGUCUGCCGCCGUAUUGUAAGUUGCUUGCUGACGUUUUAAUCGAUACGAAGAAGGAAUUGGCCGAUCUGGCCCGUCAAUGUCGUGAUAUUUUAGCCGAGAACAGAUCUUUGAUAAAGGAAAACUUGUUGUUAAGGAAACAAAUCAGUUCUUUAAUGUCAUGCAACACGUUAUCUGAGUCUCAAGGGCAUGUCGAAGUUGCAAGUUCUAACUUGAUCUCCUCUGAUACCGCAUCCGCAGUCGAUGCUGAUCUACAGCGUUCGAUCGUCAUAGCUGGCGUGCCAGAGUACCGAUCCCUUAACUCUGUUGAAAGAGCAAACCACGAUUAUCAGUGUAUUUGUUCUAUUUUGAGCUUUUUGGAUAUAGAGUGCAUACCUUCAGUUGUAUACCGCAUGGGAGUUCGAAAUUCAAAUCGACCUAGACUCAUAAAGGUAGUUAUGCCAUCUAGUAAAUUCCAGCGACAAGCGGUCCAGAGAGCGCCACGUCUGCGCUUCUUCUCUCAUAAGGGAGUCUAUCUACGUCCUUCCCUAACUAAAGAAGAGAGGGAGCGCAGACGUAAGGAGCGUCUGGGCAGCUUGUCUUCCCCUCAAGAUGUUAAUGUUGGUAGUGCCCCAGUUUCGUUAUCAAGCAGUUCUCAUCGUGAUCAGAGUACUGAUGUCAACAAUGUUUCAACGAAUGUGGUACGUGCGGGAAACCUCUCAUAG